CACCAGCAGCACCAGCCCUGCCGCGCGACUGGAUUUGUCUCCAGCCCUCCGGGAGCGCGCCACAAAGCGGGCCCCGCGCCUCUCCCUCCGCCCGCGGCUUCUCAGCGCUCGGCUCCGCGGUCAACUUCUCCUCGCUGGGCUCGGCCGGCUGGCGAGGAAGGCGGCGGCGGCGGCGGCGGCGGAACGCCGGGCUGUCUCCUGGCGCUCUCCGCACACACAAUUCUCCCGCGCUCUCUGGGUCUCGGGGGCCGUGCCGGCAUUCUGGCCACCAACAGUCGUCCGGUCAUCUAUGGCAACACUUUUAAGGUCUAGAUUUCCUUUGUUUGUUGAAGGAGACUUCCAGGAGAGCAGAGCUCACAAAGCGGGAGCGUGAACAGUCAGUUCAGAGAGGCAUGCUCCAUCUGGUGUCCAAAAAGAAACAAAUCUCCAUGGGAAUAAUGCAGAAGGUGUCCCAAGCCUCCUGAGCAGUGAACAAAGAUUUGAGAAAGACAACCAAGCUCAUGUUUUCUCCUGAUCAAGAAAAUCAUCCAUCCAAAGCGCCAGUAAAAUAUGGUGAACUCAUUGUCUUAGGGUAUAAUGGGUCUCUCCCAAAUGGCGACAGAGGAAGGAGGAAAAGUAGGUUUGCUUUGUUUAAAAGACCUAAGGCAAAUGGGGUGAAGCCCAGCACGGUGCACAUUGCUUGUACUCCUCAGGCUGCAAAGGCAAUAAGCAAUAAGGACCAGCAUAGCAUAUCCUAUACCUUGUCUCGGGCCCAGACAGUGGUGGUUGAAUAUACUCAUGACAGCAACACUGAUAUGUUUCAGAUUGGUCGGUCAACUGAAAGCCCCAUCGAUUUUGUAGUAACUGACACAGUUCCUGGAAGUCAAAGUAAUUCUGAUACACAGUCAGUGCAAAGCACCAUAUCAAGAUUUGCCUGUAGAAUCAUAUGUGAACGGAACCCCCCUUUUACAGCCCGGAUUUAUGCUGCAGGAUUUGACUCAUCAAAAAACAUCUUCCUUGGGGAGAAGGCAGCCAAAUGGAAGACAUCAGAUGGUCAGAUGGAUGGCUUGACCACCAACGGUGUUCUUGUUAUGCAUCCACGCAGUGGCUUCACAGAAGACUCCAAGCCAGGAAUAUGGAGAGAAAUAUCAGUGUGUGGGAAUGUGUUCAGCCUGCGUGAAACCAGAUCAGCCCAGCAGAGAGGGAAAAUGGUGGAUAUUGAAACCAAUCAGUUAGAAGAUGGCUCAUUAAUUGACCUCUGUGGCGCGACGUUGCUGUGGCGUACUGCAGAAGGCCUUUCCCACACUCCCACCGUGAAGCAUUUAGAAGCUUUAAGACAGGAGAUCAAUGCAGCCCGACCUCAGUGCCCUGUGGGGUUCAACACACUAGCAUUUCCUAGUAUGAAGAGGAAAGAUGUCGUAGAUGAAAAACAACCCUGGGUAUAUCUAAACUGUGGCCAUGUACAUGGCUAUCAUAACUGGGGAAACAAAGAAGAACGUGAUGGAAAAGAUCGUGAAUGUCCUAUGUGUAGGUCCGUUGGUCCUUAUGUCCCUCUGUGGCUUGGCUGUGAAGCUGGAUUUUAUGUGGACGCCGGCCCUCCAACCCAUGCAUUUAGCCCAUGUGGGCAUGUGUGUUCAGAAAAGACAACUGCCUAUUGGUCCCAGAUCCCGCUUCCUCAUGGUACUCAUACUUUUCAUGCAGCCUGUCCCUUCUGUGCACAUCAGCUGGCUGGUGAACAAGGCUACAUCAGACUUAUUUUCCAAGGACCUCUAGACUAACAGACAGUUGUCCUCAGGACUACAUUAUAAAUGUAUAAGCUAAGAGAUUUGGGAUUUCCAGCCUGUUGUCCACGUUACAGUUUCUCUGCUCUGAUCAUUUGCAUUAAGAUGAAGAAUUUUUUUCUAAACGUUUAUAAGAAAUAAUAGCAAUUUCUGAGCAAAAAUCUGGGGAACUCAGUAGGGGAAUUUCUGGAAGUACCAGACUUCUGAAUUCUGAGUUUUGAAAAUAUAUUUUAAGGAGAAAAAGACAUAGCCUAAUUCGAUGCCUUUCGUUUCAGUGGUUUUGAAUCACCCAUCCUCAGUCUUGGAAACUUGUUUUGUAUAACUGAGGGUACUGCUGGUUCAAACUAUGUUAGUUUACAGUUUGUUGCAAACAUUGUAAAAUACAGCAAAAUGUAUAUUAACUUCUUUUCUAUUUAUCUUUAUUAUAGAAAAUACCUUAGAACGUUCUAGAUGGAGUAGUGCGAUGGCGAUGGUGUCACAUCCUUGAUGUGAAUGGUGGUUUAGCGAACGGAGCUCAAGGAUUUGCAAGGUUAAGAAGGGCAAGAGAGCCUCUCCCUACCACCACCCCAUCUAAAUACGGAAUUUGGUAGAUUAGAUACUUGGUAAAACCAAAUUCGUAUUAAUUACCGCUGUGUAAGAUGUGUUUGUUUUUAACCACGUUGAAGAUAAUCAGGAAAGGUUUUUUUUUUUCUUAGUGUUUCUCUUGAGUGUAGUACUAUAACAAAAACUUAAUGCUAAGAGACAUUUUAUAUGCUCCUUUGAAUAUGUAAUGUAAUCUAGAUGAUCUAUUUUUCUCCCAUGAUUACUAAUCUCUUUUUAGUAUCAGCAACAUUUGGCAAGCUUAUUUUGUAGAUAAAACUGUGGUUCAUCUGUUCACUGUUUCUAGAAAAAAAAAAUCACUCCCAUGAGAAAAAGCAUAAAUUGACACAUCAAAGAAGAGUGAUUUGAUUUGCUUUUAGAAAAAGAGAUGCCUAAUUAAUUAUUCUGUAUUUGGCCUUAUCUGGGCAUUAGGAAAUCUAUCGAUACAUAUGGUUGAGUGAUAACAGUGCCCCCCCCGCCCCUUUUUUAACCCAGCAGACCUGCCUUAACUGUGGGUGUGAAUCCCAAGGAGAGUUGCCAUAGUGUGACUCAGGUGGACGUUUGGCUGGCAAAUGAACACCAGUAACAGCAGAGUGAAGGGACAUAACUUGCAUGGUCUGUUUAUUCUCUAAUUCCAGUAAGUUCUUUGCUUUCAGAAGCAAGAGAAAGGCUCUUUUCCCUCCAUCCCCACCUUUUUUUUUUUUUUUUAAUGCAC